AGCCCAGGGUGGCAGCAGAUACUAAAAAAGGCAGACUGAUGUUCCCUGGAAGUGCCUUAGGAAGCCUCCCCUAGGAGCUGAGAAAUGUUCUGGCUCUUUUAUCUCUCCUUCACCGUCUUCUCUCCUCUGUUCUUCUUCAUAGGUCCUUUGACAAUUCUCAAGUCUCCCUCCAGCCCUGACCAUGACCCAGGGUUUCAGCUGCAUACAUCUAAUGGCCAGGCUAGACGAAUGAGCCAGCUCUGUGGGGUAAGUCCUGCUGCUGCGCCCACUGUGUGGACAAAGAAAAGGACACCUGAGAAGAGAAGGAGCCAGCUCAAGGUCGUACAGCUGGCUGGUGCCACAGGCUGGGUCUGGAAGCCUGUGUUCUUAAACGUUCCCGGCUGCGCACCGGGCACCCAGGUCUCAGCGUCUGUCUGUCUUGCUCGCCCAGCAGGCUCUCUGAGGACGGCUCCGCUGGCCCAGGCUCCCUUCCCCGGAGCUGCCCCAGAACCAUGGAGAGUCUGAGCGAACUGCAGAAUCCUCUGCUGCCUCAGAGCCCCGCCCCGCUCCAUGGCCCCUACCCCUACCGCGAGGCUUCGCCCAGCUGGUCGUGCCAAGAGAAGCUUUACUCCUACCUCCUGGGUGCUGCUGCUGGCUCCACUGGCCCCCACCAGCUCCUGGACCCGGGGUCCCUGCAGCUGGCUGUGGAGGCCUGGUACAGGCCCAGCUGCCUCCUGGGGAGGGACAAGGUCAAGGAACCCAGGGCAAGCAGCUGUGAGACCAGCUUCACAGAGAACAGGGAGCUCCAGGCUGGGCCUGCAGAGCGGUUCGCAGAAGCGGACCAAGAGGAAGAGGAUAUCACCAUCCAGACGGUGUCCUACGGGGUUCAGGAGGAGCUGCAGGGCCAGGAGAACGACCAGGAGGAGGAGGAGAGUGAUGUGACCUCGACGGACAGUGAAAGCGAAGACAACUUCGUGGCGCUGCCCCCCAGGGACCACCUGGGCCUUACUAUCUUCUCCAUGCUCUGCUGCUUCUGGCCCCUGGGCAUCGCUGCCUUCUACUUCUCCCAGGGGACCAGCAAGGCCAUCUCCAAGGGUGACUUCCGCCUGGCCAGCACCACCUCCCGCAGGGCCCUCUUCCUGGCCACACUCUCCAUCGCCGUGGGCGCCGGUCUCUAUGUCGCCGUGGUGGUGGCGCUGGCGGCUUACAUGUCCCAGAAUGGCCAUGGCUAGUGGCCAGGAG